AGCGUGCAGAGGGGUGCUGAACCAUGGCCGACUUGGAUCACAACCUCAGUCUCGCGGAUGCCCUGACAGAGCCGCCGCCACAGAUCGAGGAGGAAGUGAAACGGGAUUUCAUGGCCACCCUCGAAGCUGAGAAAUUUGACGACGUGGUGGGAGAAAAAGUUGGCAAAACAGACUACGUCCCUCUUCUGGACGACGACGAUGUGAAGGCCGGGAACCAGGAGGCGAAAACCAAGCCCCAUGCUGACGGGGUUCAGGUGGAACGUACUUCAGCUCCCGGACCUGCGGCUGUGGUAGAGAACGGCGAUCACGGGAUAGAAGGCGGCAGGAAGGCGCCUCCAGGAAAAAUCAUGGACGAUCAGAUGGCCUACAAGGAAUUUCUGGACCACAACGUCUCGUGGAAGAUGGACGAAAGGGACCGAUGCUUUGACUCUCAGCUGGCAUUCCAGCCCACAGAUGUGACAGCACCCAGCAAGAUCCCCGAAGCGGAAGAGGCGCACUUUCCAGGAAGCACCGUCAUGGGUUUCACGGACCUCCCAGGAGAACCGAAACCUCCAGAGGCCACGGCGUUGGCUCCAGUAGGCAGUGCAGGUCCUGCCCCUACAGCAGGAGAGCUGAUGGGAUUUGAACCUUGGUUUGACCAGAGGACCCUUCCUCCAAAGGAAGCGCUAGCAACCUCUCCAGAAGCCCCUAUGAGCAAGGAUCAAAAGACAAAGGCCGCGGAGUUAGCAGCCCCGGCUGUAGACAGUUGUGCACUGGAGAAACAGGAGGAAAAGAAGACCUCACCCGACCAGCACAAGGAGAAGGAAAGCAGCGGCCCAUCUCCCAGCCAGCAGAUGGAGGAGGCAGCAAGCAAGCCCAGUGAGAAGGUGGGUGAGAGUAAGGCAGAAGAGGCAGCUAAACCUCCUCCCAGCCCGAAAGCAGAAGAGAAGAAGCCCUCUCCCGCCCUUCAUAUGGAGGCAGGAGAGAGUGAAUGGCCUGCCCAGAAAGCGGAAGAAAACAAGAUUGCUCCCAGCCAGAGAAUAGAUGAGAAAGUGGAAGAAAACAAGAUUUCUCCCAGCCAGAGGAUAGAUGAGAAAGUGCAAGAAAACAAGAUUGCUCCCAGCCAGAGGAUAGAUGAGAAAGCGGAAGAAAACAAGAUUGCUCCUAGCCAGAGGAUAGAUGAGAGCAAGGCCUCUCUCAGCCAGCCUAGAGAGGAGGCCACCAGUAAACCACUCGUCCAGAAAGUAGAAGACAGCAAGCCUGCUCCCAGCCAGCAUGCGGAGAAGGUAGAGCAGAGCCCGGCCCCUCCUCCUCACCCCUUGGAAAAGCAAGAAGAGAGUAAGCCCCCCUCCUCUCCCAGCUGCCCUGUGGAGCACUUUCCCGAGUUGGAGAAGCUCAACAAGAGGAACAAGGACUCUCCCAGCAAACCUGCCGAGGAGCAUGAGGAGCAUCAGCAGCCGCCAGCCAAACCUGUGGAGAUUUUCCCAGAACCUGCAGAGCCCAAGGAGCCUGUGCCUGUGGGAGAGCCCAAAGCAGAACCGAAGGAGCCCUUUCCGGGAACGGCGGCUCUUGACCUUGCUGGAGCAGAGAAGCCAAAGGAAGGCCCACCUGUGGAGCAGCCCCAGGAGAAACCCCCUCGGGACCCUGAAGGUGUAUCCACUACCCAAGUCAGACAAGCUAACAAAUCCAGUGACCACCGCAGGUUUAACAAAGCAAAGCCUGCUCGAGUACCUAUUGGAGAUGCCCCGGCAGAGCUUCUUGCACCAUUCCCGGCACAGAAGAGCCGCAACCACGGAGAAGACCCCUUUGCCACACCAGAAUGGGGCUAUGUCACCGGGACGUCCCCGCGGGGCAAGGCCGCUCCUCGGAAAGCCGCUGGCCAUCCGUUUGAGCUUGCGGAAGGCCAGAGAGAUGACUCGCAAGAGGGCUGGGAUCCGGAAGCAUCGGCGGCGUUUAAGAAGAAGAAGAAGAAACCAAAGCAGAAGAGAAACCAGCACCCCAGGUCAGUGGAAGCGUGGGAGGAAGCCGCUGAACGGCUGAGAACUCCCCCGUGUGUUUCCGAGCCCCAAAAACCUGACGUUCCCCUUGCCGUGCCCCUUGAGAGCCCCCAAGAGGUCACAGGUGUCUCCGCGGGAGUCCUUUGGAAAGACACUUCUAAGCGCGAGAUGGAGUGGCAGCCGUCGGGCGCUCAGAGCCAGGCCUCCGCCCCUGCAGGAGGAGAGCUGAUCCAGCACACCGAAAGCUCUUUGAAACUCGAGCUGGACGCAAAAGCAGUAGAAUUUGGCAGAGCGGAAAUGAUCGGUGAUGACAGAGCGAGGUUGCCGUCUAAAAGCAGAAAGAAAGGAUCUCCCAAGGAGCAGGCGAAGGGCCCCGCUGAGCGGAGCAAGCUGGGGAGCCCCACGUCCCCCCCAGCGCAAGCCAGCCCUGCGGCAAUAAGCAUCUUCGGGGAAAGCAGGGAAGGGGAGGGCCGGUCUCCCAAGAACGUGGGCCUGGACCUGUCUGCUGUGGACACCGGACCCACUGCAAGCAGCCGCGUGGCUGUGAGCGGGGAAGCUGCAAAACCAGCAGAGGUGGAAGGAGGAAAGGCGACCCCAGAGGAUCCAGUGGCUGGAAAUGCGGUCUUGGAAGGGAAGCCCAGACAGCCAGGUGGGCACGGAAACGGCAGGAGGGCUGGGAAGGAAGCCACUGACGCUCCCUCAGAGGAGAAGGCUGCAGAAGCACCCACAGAAAGGAGGUUCCCUGAAAGAAGCAGCCCAGCUGCGCCAGAGCCCGUGCCAGCACCGAAAGCAAGGCGUCUGUCAGAUGAGAGCGGCCCAGUGGGAAAUGAGAAGCCUGCUUUUGGUUCAGGAGAAAGUCCCUUUUCCUGGGAAGCACAUUCAGAUGCAGCGAAGCCCCUUGCCCUCGAUGAAAGACUUGGAAGUGGGAAAGUGCCUUUGACUGAUACAAACAAGGCCAUCUGCUCCAGUCCACCUGAAAAGCCGGCCAUGGCUGUUCCCAGGAUGGCUGCCGAUCAACCUAAAAAGAGGAGCAGCGAUGGGAAAAGCAAGAAGGCAAAAAAUUACCCGGAGCAGCAGCCGCAGCAGCAGAGGCUGCCGCUUUCAGAGGACAUGGCUGAUCUGAGGCGGGGUCUGGCCGUGGAGAAAGUGGUGUCGCUCCCCGAAGUGGGCCCCGGUGCCGCCAGCAAUGAGACGAUCUGCCCCGGUCUCACAGAGAAUAAAGCGGCUCGCGGCUCUGCAGGGGCAGGGGAGAAGCCAAAGAAAAGGAGCGGCGACGGGAAGAGCCUUAGGGCCGCCGAAAGAAGUUUCUUUGGGCCGCUGUUUCCCCCGGAGGCAGAGAAGAGCGCCGGCAGCCUUCCCAUCGAGGUGAGCCCUGCUGAUCGAAUGAGAGAGAAAGUCGUUCCCGAUAAAGAACCUGGCUCGGAAACCGGGAGCCGGUUGUUGGAAGCUGCCGCAGAUACGGCAAAGCCACAAGCUCUUUCUGCAACGCCCCAAGUAGGAAAACCAAACGUGCCUCCACCCUGGAAGGGCGAGUGGGCUGAUCUCCCUUCCUCAGCGUACCCCUUUAUCACGGAGACUCCGACCAAAGCGCCUGAAUGUCCCGCCUCGCUCGCAGCAGGCGCCCAGACAGAGGGAGCUGUCGUGUCCGAUAAAGGCAAGGACCCGAGUCCCACCAGUGCAGAGGGCUCCGUCGUGGCAGAGCCCGGUUCAGCGCUGCCGAUGAGCAAGCCCAAAAAGAGGACCAGCGAUGGGAGAAGCAAAAAAUCCAGCAAGUAUGCCACACAACAGCCAGAAACCGACACCAGGGUGAACAGGUCCUCCGCGAUGGAUGGCGCCGCUAAAGAGACGGGUGCUGUUGACAAGAGUGACUCCACAGUUCCGGAGCAACCAGGCGGAGGCCCAGCGCAGUGUCCCGCCAUAAAGCCGGUGGAAGGCCCUGAAGGAAAGGAGGACAAGGACUCCGGCACGGCUCUCAAAAACAGUUGCUCCGAACAGCCACCCACUUCGGCCCGAAGAACGAGCCCCGCAAAGCAGGAGCCUCUCGGCAAAACCAAAGACGCUCCUUCCGCCCGCAAAGGGCAGGAGAUUAGUCUGGCUUCCCUGGAGCAUCUUGCAGAAGCUAUAGCUUCACCACAAGCGCACCCCCCCUUCAGAGAGCCGGCUAAAGAAGAGCCAAAGAUCCCCGGGGAUGACGGGCCGAUGCCCCAAGUUCAUGAGGUUUUGGAGGCAAAGCUGGAUCUUGCUGGACCGGCUGCUGCGUGCCGAGAGCCGGGUCAGGUGGAGAAGGUUCCAUCCCCUGCCACAGGCAAAGGAAGAGCUGCAGACCAUCUUCCGAGGGAUCCAGAAGCUGCAGGCCACGCUCCUCGUGUCCCGGCUGCCGAUGAGACGUGUAAAGGAGCGGAUGAUGGGAUAGAUAGAAAGAGCAGGGCUAGUGUGGACCAUCCGCUUCCUUUGGGGGCCGAGGCAGAGGGGGCUCCGGGUGCCGAGAUCCAUGAUAAGCCUAAAGGGCGCUCUUCCGAUAGACGCAGGAAAGAGCCAAGAGACGGCGGUUUGGAUCCGGCCAGCAGGCAGGAUCCUGGCGUGAAACCCGCAAAGCGGGGCAGCGACGGAAAAAGCAAAAAGACCACCAGCUCCCCAGAGGAGCCCGUCCUUUCGCCUGCAAAGGCAGACCCGAAGCAAGGGCAGCAUCCCAAGGCGACCGGGCUGGAGUACGCCUUGGAAGGAAUGGAGUUUGUGGACGAAAACCGAAACAUUAAAAGCUUCCCUCCGGGGCAUCCGAUGCUUUGGGAUGGAAACACAGUGAGCUUCCUUGGCCCCUUUGGUUCACCGGGGCCGUCUCCUCUGGAUGAAGCGAAUCCCAGGAGCCAGUGCCCCUUUCUCAGCUAUCAAGGCAAAGUUGCAGCGGGACUAACGAAGGAGCCGCUUUCCCCUCCAGGAGGAGUGGAAGACUCGAGCAGAGAGGAGCGGAAGGCCAAGAAGCCUGAUCUCCAGGAAGAUUCGGCCGCGGCUGAAUUCAGAGAGGCCAUGAUAGAGGCCUCCCUUUUGGUGAAGGCAGGGGACAAGACGAGGGAGAAGAGGAAGAAAGCCAAGCAGGCUUCGUCCAACCAGGUCGUCAAACAGGACGCCAGAGCAGAAGACCGGGCAACGUCCCCCGUUUCCGCAGAAGUGGAAGGCGGAGGAGUAAACCUGUUGGACAAAACGCCAGGCUUUGGGCUCUCUUCUUCAGCAUUAGUUGCAGUGAUGCCGGAGGAGAAGGCGGCUCGGGGCGCAGUUGCUGCAGCAUCAGGAAGCUGCUCUGCUGGGAUAGAAGUCAUCACCCCCCCUGCAGAAAUUCCAGCUCCCUGGGAGAAUAACAAAGAAGCUGUCGCACUUCAGGCUCUGACAGCAGUGCUGGUCGGUGGCAGCGGAGAACCCACGGGGUUGAGCGAAGGCGCUAAAGUGGGUGAAGAGAGGAUAUCCGAGUGCCCAGAGAGUUUAGGAAGUACGGCAAGGGUAGAUAAGGCCUCUGAGGACGUCCCCCCGGCACAAGCGACUCCUGCUAAUAAACCCCAAGACUAUUCUGAGCCUUCGGAACAAGGUGGCAUGACCGAACCUGUGAUCGGCCGGGAGGAAGCAGCGAGGGAGGCCGCUGAACGAGUGGUCCCCGGCUCUGAAACCGGCCCAGGCGCAGCGGUCGGUCUGCAGGCGGUCGCGGAACGUCCUGACCAAGCCCCGAGGGAGACCAAGAGAGAGGAAAGAGCCAGAGCCCCAGAGCAGAUCAAAGGAUACAUGCGACCCACCAAGUCGAGAGGACUCCCUCCUCCCCCGCUGCGAGCGGCCGCUCCAGAGCCGGGCAAGAGACGGCCCGUGAAGCCGGAUGGGCUGGGCCCGCCGAGGCAAGAGAGAGCGAAAGCAGAAGAGCCGAAGGCAGCAUCCGAGGUGGUGACGGCCAACGACAUCGCGGCCCCUCCGAACAAGGAGCUUCCGCCAAGCCCCGAGAAGAAAGCCAAGCCAUCAGCCUCUACUCCGGCCAAGCCCGCUGCGGCGAAAACGAAGCCCGUGUCGGCUGCCGCUGCCCCCGCUAAGCGGCCGGCUGCCGCCACACCUUCUGCCCAAAACAAAAAAGCCACCAGCCCAACGGCGGGUCCGGCUGCGGCCGCCACCCCCAAACGGCCUGCGAGCAGCACCGCGCGGCCCUCCACCUUAACUCCGAAAGACGCCAAGCCAAAGGGGACAGAGGCAAAGAGUGCGGAGAAGCGAGCCUCCCCUUCGAAGGCACCAUCCGCAACAACCCCUCGGUCUAGUGUGAGAAGCAGCCCCGCCACACCCCGGCCAUCGACAGCUCUGGCGAGCACGAAUGCGGCAGCCGGCCCCAGGAACGCGGCCACUUCCCCACCCAAGAGGCCCUCAACCAUCAAGACGGAUACAAAGCUUGUCGAUGUCAAGAAGACCACUGCAAAGUCACCCUCAGCUGACCUGAGCCGCCCAAAGAGCGCCCCCUCCACCACUGCCAAACCCGGCUCCACCACCCCGACAGCCGCUUCCCCCGCCCAGCCCGGAGCCGCCGCUAGCCGGCCCAAGCCAGCAGCCCCCAGGCUCUCCGGGACAGGCAGCACGACAGCCGCGGACUCCAAGAAGGCGUCCACGCUAAAAGCUGCCCCCAAAACGAGUCCUGUCGCCAAGCCCCCCCGGCCCCCGACCAGCGUGUCCGCUCCUGACCUGAAGAACAUCCGUUCCAAGAUUGGGUCCACAGAUAACAUCAAGUACCAGCCCGGCGGAGGAAAGGCAAAAGUAGAGAGAAAGGCAGAGUCAGCCGGGGCCGCCCGGAAGCCCGAACUCAAUGCAGUCUCUAAAACAACCGUAACAAAAGAGGGUGCCCCAAAGCAGCCCAAUGGGAAAGUCCAGAUAAUCUCCAAAAAAGCCAGCUACAGCCACGUCCAGUCCAAGUGCGGGUCCAAGGACAAUAUUAAGCACGUCCCUGGAGGUGGGAAUGUUCCAAAUGCCCAAAGGCCAGCUUCGGGCAGCCACUCCCAGCCGUCCACCGGCCCCAAGCCCAGCCAGGGCAAAACCGAUGUGCAGAUCCUGAACAAGAAGAUCGAUCUCUCCAAAGUGUCCUCCAAGUGCGGCUCAAAGGCAAAUCUCAAGCACAAGCCAGGGGGUGGAGAUAUCAAGAUUGAAAACCAGAAGCUGAACUUCAAGGAAAAGGCCCAGGCCAAAGUGGGCUCUCUGGACAACGUGGGCCACGUGCCGGCAGGGGGCGCUGUGAAGACUGAGGGGGGCGAGGAGGCAGCCCCACAGAACGGAGCUGUGCCCACGCCCCUGCCUGGCAGCGAUGCCGCCCAGGAGAAUGGCGUGGGGCAUGCCACGCCCGCUCAGGGCGGUGGUGACCAAAUGGAAAUUCAGAGCUUCGACACUCACAUACAAGAAACAAAUUGAGUCCCACAAGCUGCUCUUCCGUGAGAAGGCCAAGGCCCGCACGGACCACGGAGCGGACCCCGCAGCCUCCGACCCCCCCGUCUUCCCCGGCGGCCCCUCCCCUCGGCGCAGCACCUCUGUCAGCGAGAGCCUGGGCUCCGUCGCCUCCGCCGCCUCCUUGCCACCACCGCCGCCGCCGCAGCCGGCUUCCCUCACCGAAGGGAUGCCUGCCGCCCUCCCGCAGCAAGGCUUGUGACUCUGCCCC